UGACAUCAUCAAAAUCCCCGCCCAGCUCUAUAUAUUCCUGCCAUUAAUUGCCUCCAUUUUCUCUCUUCAAAUAAUCUCACACACCUAUUAAAAAUAUAUAAUUGCAAAAAAAAAAUAAUUAAAACAGCAAAUGGGUGAGAAAGAUGAGACUAAGAAUGGAGGAGAAAAGGUGGCGGCGGCGGCGGACGGAGGUGGAAUGAAAGAGGAUGGGCCGGCGCCGCCGGUCACGGUGGUGUUGAAGGUAGACUUGCAUUGCGAAGGCUGUGCUAAGAAAGUCAGACGCUUCAUUACCCAAUUGGAAGGUGUCGAGAAAGUGAAGGCUGACUGUGACGCUAAGAAACUGACCGUCACGGGGAAUGUGGACCCCACUUGGCUCCGUGAGAAGAUUGAGACCAAGACCAAGAAGAAGGUGGAUCUCAUCUCCCCUCUGCCCAAGAAGCCCGCCGGAGUUGGUGUCGCCGCCGCCCCCGCCGCCGGAGGAGGUGGUGACAAGAAGGCUGAGGAUAAACCGGAAAAGAAAGCUGGUGAUGAUGAGAAUAAAAAACCCAAAGAGGCGGUGGUUAGUACUGUGGUGAUGAAAAUCAGAUUGCACUGUGACGGAUGCGCACAUAAGAUAAAGAGGAUUAUAUUAAAGAAUGUUGAAGGUGUUAACUCAGUAGCGACGGAUUUAGAAAAGGAUUUAGUGACGGUGAUUGGAACAAUGGAUGUCAAGGAGCUCACAACUUAUUUGAAGGAGAAGCUAAAGAGAGGAGUGGAGAUUGUUCCUCCGCCAAAGAAAGUUGAUAAUAAUGGUGGCGAGAAGACGAAAGAAGACGCCGGCGCCGACAAGGUCAAAGAGAGCGCCGGCGCCGGCGGUGGAGAGAAAAAAGAAAAAGAAGGCGCCGGCGGUGGUGGUGGUGGAGAGAAGAAAGAAAAAGAAGGUGGUGGUGCUGGCGGUGGUGGUGGAGAGAAGAAAGAAAAAGAAGGCGGCGGUGGUGACAAAGAAAAAGGUGAUGAGCCGAAGAAGGCUGAGGCCGGUGGUGGUGGAGAGAAAAACAAGGGCGGCGGCAGCGGCGGCGAAGGAAGUACAAAGGUGGUUGAGGUAAAUAAGAUGGAGUAUAAUAAUAGUUACAUUCCGGAAACUUACUAUGCUGUGAUGCCAAUGUAUGGCAAUCAUCAUCAUGCAGAUGACUAUGGUCAUCAUGUACCAUCAAUGUACCAUGAUCAUCAUGACUAUGGUUAUCAAGGCUACUCAUCAAAUGCGGCUUACGUGGCACAGUACAGUCAGCAUGGACCUCCACCACUACCACCGCCUACUUUGCUGACCGCCAACGAUCAUAUGUUUAGCGACGAAAAUCCUAAUGGAUGCUUUGUCAUGUAAACCUACCUACGUGGAUUAUAAAUCUAAUCAACCAUUAUUAAUUAAAUUAUAGAGUUCCAUUUUUUUAAUUAUAUUGUAAAGUUUAAUAUUUCACAUUAUAUAUAUAUAUAUAUACAUAUAUAUAGUUUUGAUCGAUGCUUAUGAAUAAGAUUGUGUCUUA